AUAACAAAUAUUGAGUGAUUACGAAAGAAUUUUUUUUUCGAUUGUACUGCGGCUAGUUUGUUUAUCCUGAGAAGAUUUGGUGGGUAGAGACGUAAUCCCAACUCGAUGAACUUCUUAACAACAAGAACAUGUUAAUAUGUUUUAUUCUUUGGUUAAAACAACAACAAAAAAAGACAGGAAGUAAAUCUAUCAGUCUUCAAAAAUAGUAAGAAUAUAUUAGAUAAUCUAUUGUUUGAGACAUCAUGUCUGAGAAAGAUACAUCUCAGAUGUUUGGUUUUGUUUUUUAGUUAGGAAUAAUUUUUUUUGAAAGAUUUUGCGAUCAAGAAACAAGUGUCCGUAUAUAUUUCUGCAAUGGAACUAAAUCGAUGGGACCUACUACUAAGAUAUUUGAUUAUGCAAUGUCUUUCAUCGGAGACAACAGAAAACGAGUUUUCUCAAUGUGCUUUCUCUUAGGUUUGGAAAUGUUACCAAUUUCUUUGGUCGUAGUAACCUUCCUGACAUUUAUUACUACCUAUGUAAUUUCUGUUUCAAAUGGCCAUGUAACACCAUAUUUACCAUACAUCAGUGACACUGGUGCUAAAAGUCCUGAAAGUUGUAUAUUUGGUCAAUUAUUAACUGUAUCAACAAUAAUAGAACGUCCACUUUUCUAUGCUUGCUUGGGCCAGAUGAGUUUAUUGCAACAGAUUUUUUCCAACCAAAAUCCUUUCCUGUAUCUGUUUCCAAGCAAGGAAUCCAAUGUUCUUGUUGUGCACAUUAUUGGAGCUUUUAUGGUAUUUGGAAUUGGUUCAGUUUAUGAAAUUUUCCAGACAAUAAUGUCUUAUAUGAUGUACCCCAUGUACAAUGGAAAGAAAAUUAUUAUAAUUAGAUCGGUGUUAUCUAUUUUCUCUGUAUUUUUUUUCAUUAUGACAUUCCUUGCAGCUGGCUUAGCUGGCAAAGAAUAUAAAGGUAACCCAUUAGCUUGGCGCCCAGAGGAUAAAGGAUUCUCUUUCCAUAUUGUGAGUACCAGCAGUGAGUGGCUACUUUGUGUUUCAUUCCUUGCAUAUUUCCUGACAUUUAUUAAUGACUUUCAAAAAAUCAAGAUCAACGUUGUUGGCGUUAUGUCUGUUACACACCUUGAUCAGUCACCAAGCAUCAUUGCAAAUGAUGACUCACUUUCAAGUUCAAAUCAAAACUGUUUUUAAUAUCUAUUACAUAAUUUCCCAUACAAAAUAUUUGAUCGAAAUAUUACAUCACGUAUUCGAAAAGAACAUUACAGAAGUGACUUAUUGUUAAUGGAAAAAAAUCAACUUCUUUUAAAUAUUAUUUUUUUAAGGAUUAUGAAUUUUAUGGAUGUAGCUUUAUUUUUUAUAAUUUAAAAUUUAAAACAAGUAUUUAAUAUGCUCAAAGAUUUAUGAAUGAAAAUAAUAUGUAAUAUAAUGUCAUAUGUAUGUAUACAUAACAUAAUUAAAAUAUUUUUAUAUAAAUCUUAAAUUUUA